AUGAAAGUCGCUAUCGUAUUGUGUGCUUUUGUCGGCGUCUCACUCGCCAUCCCUUAUGAAAGUUAUGGAAAGGCCGUCAAUACCGGCCGAUCACAAGUGAUGCGAAAGGACGACGGUCACGGAAACUACGAGUUCGGUUACGAUGAGGACCACUCCAGUGGAGGCACUUCCAGACGCGAGAAGGGCGGUAAGGGAUGGCAGACGGGCUCAUACGAGCUCCGCGACAAAGACGGACGCAAACGAACCGUGAAAUACGUGGCCGACGCUCACGGAUUCAGAGCUCAAGUGGACACCAAUGAGCCCGGAGUUGACUCGAAAGAGGAUCCCGCGGACGUCAACAUCAAUAAGAAUGGAUACGGCAUUCAAUACGCGCAGCCCAUCACCACUUACAUCGCUAAGGCUGAGCCCCAGAUCAUUACAUACGCCAAGAGUUACGAUAACGGAUACGAUAACGGAAACUACGGCGGAGACUACGGAAAGGGAUGGGGUUCUGGAUACUCGUCCUCGUGGGACAAUGGAAACUCAUACGGCAAAUGGUAA